AUGUUAGCACAAGAGGUUGAAGGGAAAGAAAAAGCCAUCUACUACUUGAGUAAAAAGCUACUCGAGUACGAGACACGGUAUACUACACUUGAAAAGCUUUGUCUCGCACUCGUAUGGGCCACAAAGAAGCUUCGCCACUAUAUGCUUACUCACACAGUGUAUGUGGUAUCAAAGAUGGAUCCACUCAAAUUCCUCUUUGACAAGCCAGCCCUCAAUGGAAGGAUUUCAAGAUGGAUGGUCAUGCUCGCCGAAUUCGACCUUAAGUUCAUCCCUCAAAAGUCGAUCAAGGGAGCGGUUGUAUCAGACUUUCUAACAGACUUUCCAGGCGAGAGUGGGGAAGUUAACUAUGAAUUCCCGGAUGAGCAUUUGUGCACGACCAAUACCGAUUCGUGGGAGCUUUACUUCGAUGGUGCUUCAAAUCAAAACGGGUGUGGUGCAGGAGUCAUCCUAAUAUCUCCUGACAAAGAACACAUCCCCAUAUCAGUACGACUGGAUUUUGAAGCAACCAACAAUGCUGCAGAGUAUGAGGCAUGUAUCAUUGGGCUCAAGGCCGCGAUCGCCUUAAACAUAAAAAAGCUCCAAGUGCACGGAGACUCAUUACUCAUCAUCAAUCAAAUUUCCAAGAAGUGGAAAGUGCGGAGUGAAGGCCUAACACCCUAUCAGAUAUAUCUGGAGACUAUAGAUGAGCAAUUCGAUGAGUUAGAGUACAAAUAUUUGCCCCGGAAAGACAACCAAUUCGCGGAUGCUCUCGCGAAAUUGGCCUCAAUGGUGAACAUUCCCAAAGAGUUGAAAGAAAUGCCUCUUGUGAUUGAGAAAAGGCACGAGCCAGCCUAUGUCAAUGCUCUAGAUGACAACAACGAGAACGAAGAAGAAACUCCAUGGUACACGGACAUCUUCAACUACAUAGAUCAAGGGGAAUAUCCACCCAACACCACUAAAAGGGCGCAAAGAGCUCUGAGGCUCCUGGCCUCACAGUUCAUCAUUCGACAUGGAAACCUGUACAAGCCAAUGACAGAUGGGCCACAUUUGCUUUGCAUCGAUAAGCCUCAGACCGUUAGAACCAUGGAAAGCAUCCACGCAGGAGAAUGCGGUCCACAUAUGGGUGGAAAAACGCUUGCACAAAAGAUCAUGAGGCAAGGUUACUUUUGGACAACCAUGGAGAGAGACUGCCACCAGUUUGUCAAAACUUGUCCAGAAUGCCAAAUUCACGCGAAUUUGCAACAUGUGCCACCAUCCAUGCUCUAUAGUCUCACUUCCCCGUGGCCCUUCUCAACUUGGGGCAUUGAUAUCAUCGGAAAAAUCACGCCAUCCGGAGUCGGUGGCCAUGAAUAUGUGCUAGUAGCAAUCGAUUACUUCACAAAAUGGGUAGAAGCUCAGUCAUAUGCUAAGCUCACGGCUAAGCAUGUGGCAAAGUUCCUGGAAAGAACCAUCUUCUGUCGUUAUGGGGUCCCCCCAUGA